CUUCUUUUCAUCUUCAUCCAUCCCACUGACAUCUCUCCUCCUCCUCUCUUUCUCUCUCUCUCUCUCUUUUUCUCUCCCUCCCUCCCGCUACUAGUCCUCAUCCCUCCUAGACAUGUCUAUAGAUCUAUCCUGCACGCUCCUCACUCUGGCAGGAAUUCCUUUAUUCUACUUCCUUGUCCUCCCUAAGCUCCUCGCUGUCCUUCCACAAAAGAUCCAAUUCCUCGCAAAAUGUAUCGUCGUCUUGAUCGCAACCCUCAUCAUGUCCGUUGCCGGAUGCUUCAUCUCGAUCGCCUGUGCCGUUGUCGAUAAGCGCCACAUCAUCAACUUUGUCGUCUCCAGAUUCUUCUCCUACCUUGCCGCAGGACCCUGUGGGGUCACCUACAAGAUCGUCGGAGAGGAGAACUUGGAUAAUUACCCCGCCAUUGUUGUCUGCAAUCACCAGUCUUCCAUGGACAUGAUGGUCCUGGGCAGAGUCUUCCCCAAGCACUGUGUUGUCAUGGCAAAGAAGGAACUCCUUUACUUUCCCUUCUUGGGCGUCUUCAUGAAACUGAGCAAUGCCAUCUUCAUUGACCGCAAGAACCAUAAGAAGGCUAUCGAGUCAACCACGCAUGCUGUUGCAGACAUGAAGAAGCACAACUCUGGAAUCUGGAUCUUCCCUGAGGGAACACGCUCCCGUCUUGAAAGUGCCGAUCUCCUGCCCUUCAAGAAGGGUGCCUUCCAUCUUGCUAUCCAGUCUCAGCACCCCAUUCUUCCUAUUGUCGCCCAGGGAUACUCUCAUAUCUAUGACUCUACUAAGCGCAGCUUCCCCGGCGGUGAACUCGAGAUCCGUGUUCUGGAACUCAUCCCCACCACAGGACUGACGACCGAUGAUGUGAACGACUUGAUGGAGAGGACACGCAACGUGAUGUUGAAGAACCUGAAGGAGAUGGAUCAGCGCGUCAAGCAUACCAACGGCGAGAUCGCACAGGAGCCCAUGACGACAACCGCCAAGACUACGGCCACAUCAGUAGGAGAGCUGCAGGAUGAGUUGUCUGUGAAGAAGAGGAAGACCUUGAAGGACUAGACAAGGACAGGAUUUCUCUGUGACAGCAAUAACUCUCCCACCGCACAGUCAACACAAAAAAAAAAAAAAAAAAAAAAAUCUUUAUAGCCAUUAUAGCCAUUGUAUGGAUGGUUACUUCAUGGAUUGAGGGUUGGGGGAUCUUCUAUGGAAACGCCAUAUCGUCCUUCCAGCGAUCAGCUUUAUACUCUCCCACGAUGUUCAAUGACAUCGCACACCACGAUCUCUUUUAUUGAUUUUUAUUUAUUCCGCUUCUUUUUUUUUUUUUUAACAUAUGCGCCUAACAUACAAUAAUUGUUUUUUAUUUUCAUAAAGAUCUCUCCGUGGCGCAAAGGAAGCCCGACAGAGG